AAUAAAAUAUUAUCGUAUAGAAAAACACGUGUUGUUGAAUGAGUUUUAUUAUAUUUGAGAUAAUUGUUAAAUAAGUUAUAAAAUCGGAAAUUAACUAUGACAAGAUUCGCUAGAGCAAAAGGCUCCAAGUCUUCAAACCAAAAAGCUCCCGAAGAUAGUACACCAUGGGAAGUUAUGAAAGAGCAGAUCAUACAAUCAAAAAAAGAAUCUGAGGAAGCAAAAAACAGAGAAGAGGCUGAACAAAAGCGAAUAGAUAACUACUCAAAUUUCCUAAAAGAACAGAAAGUACAAAAGCGAAAAGCUACUUGGUGUGACUUUCCGGAAGCAGAAGUAAAUAAGAAGAUAGAUAAUGAUAAUAAAGUUGAACAAAAUGAGAAAUCACAUAAAAAGAAAAAUAAAAACAAAAAGACAUUUGAAGAAACUCAGAGCCAGUCAAGUAAUGAAACGCAAGGACAAACCGACGACACCAAUCAAACAAAUAUUUCAGUAAAACAAAAGAAAAAGGAUAAGAAAAAUAAGGUAACAGUCCAAAAUAAUGAAGAUAAAAACCAUGUUGACAAUUCAGUUGAAAAAGUCGAAUUAAAUAACACGGAGCAAUUACCAAAUGGUAAUUUAUCAAAGAAGACUAAAAAGAAGAAGUCACAGCAAUCUCAAAACAAUAAUAAAAAUGAUGAAACCAAGGAGGGCCAAAGUACUAAAACCGAUGCCGUCCAAGAAACUGUAAGUAACAAAAACAAUUCACAGGUUAAAAAAAAGAAAAACAGCAAUCAAAAACCUACUCGAAGGAAAGAUGUAAAUGAUAGAAGCUUCCAAUUAAUAGUAAAUGGUAAAGAAAUUGAAUUGAUCAGAUUUGAUGGCUUCCCUAUUAUGAAGAAGGAUGCUGAAAGACUAACAGAAUUGAAAAACAAUAUGAUUAAGAAAGGUAUACCUAAAAGUGAAGUACAAAGGACAAUGAAACUGGAACGAAGACGAGCUGAAAAAGCUCUAGCGAGAAUGAAACGUGAGGUUUGCUACAAUUGCAGGAAAGGUGGUCAUAAUCUUUCAGAUUGUCCAGAACUAAAGUCUAAAAUACCAGGAGUGGAUAGCGCUGAAGGAGUUUGCUUCAAAUGUGGCUCCACUGAACAUAGACAGUUUGAAUGCAAAGUGCAGAGAGAUAAGGAGUUCCGAUUUGCUACUUGCUUUAUAUGUAAAGAAGCUGGUCACAUUGCUCGGCAAUGUCCUGAUAAUCCAAAAGGAUUGUACCCGAAUGGUGGUUGUUGUAAACUUUGCGGUGAUGUAACUCACUUGAAGAAGGACUGUCCUACUAUGAAAGACAAAAGAGAGGAAACUUCAAUAAAACUGAAUACAUUAAGUGCUUCCGAUAAUCUAGAAGAUAUAGCUCAAAAAACUGGGAAUAAUGUUACAGAUACAAUUAAAAAACCCAAGAAAAUCAAAUUUUAACAUAUGAAUUUUUAAAAUAAAUAUCUUAUGGAAACAACUUUGCUUAUAAA